AUGCUCCCAAGAAGCAGCAGUCCGGUGACGGUGUACGUGGACGCGGACCAGAUCCCGUGCGUCGUUGAGGAGGCCUUCGCAACGAUUGCAUGGGACGACUUGGAAGAAUGCACGUCUGUGAUCCGACGAGAUAAUGACUCCCUUGGCUCGCAGGUAAAUGAAUCGGUCGCAGAUGAGCAAGACUUUGCAGACUACGCGUUUGAUUUAAUUGCAGAUUCGCCUGGAACUUUGGAGAGCAGCUUCUCUCCUGCUGGGCUGGUACCAUUCCAGGGCUGCAUUAUACCGCCACUCACCCCGCAGCACGACUUCUCACCGGAGGCCUGCCCGCGCUACCCCUCCCCAGCCGAGGGACCGCCACAUGCCAACGACGAGGCCCUCUGGAGGGGCCUGGCCCAGUACCACCACAGAGCCCUGGAGGAGGCGCUGGACACCAGCAGCAAGCUUCACUUGACGGUCACCAAAAAGAAAGCUGAGAUCAACUCCUUCCAGGAGAGAAAUGUCCAUCUCAGGGAACUCGCCAGCAGAGCCAAGCACCUCGCGUCUGUGCUCGAUAGGCUGAUGAGCGGGAGGGAACCGUGUCGAGCUGCCACACCGUCCCGUCACGGAUCCGUCACGGCGAGGAACUGCAAGAGGCCGCGAUCGGACGAGGACUGCGAGACGGCGUCUGCCCCGGGCCUAGUGGAUGACAUUAUUCGCGACAUCAGUGAACGCUGCAACGCUGUCCUGCACCGCAGCGCGAAAGAGCCAAAACUGGACGACACAGAGGCCGUACAAAUGUUCGGCUUGUUCUCCGGGUUACAGACCUCUGUUGCCACAGAGAAGGUUUCUCGCAGGGAAGGGUCCGAAUCGCCACUUGACACGUCUUUUCGUACAUCGGUCCAGGAACACAGCACCAUUCGUACCCAGGCGUACCCACACGGACAUUCCUUCACCUCCAGGAACCCACAAGGAGGAUACUGCUUUCGCUGGGUACCCAAGCAGAGCUAGCAGUUAGUUAAAGUCAGCGGUUCGACAAUCAAAGUAUUCAACUGCUAGUGUGCAAUUCCAACAAUAUCUACAGUUCUGAACGCUUAAAAAGUUGUCACUUCAAAGCAUCAUGUUUUACGUUGACGCCUAGGGAUGCCUACGUGAUAGAUGUAGUCAAAAUGUCUUCAUGUAACUUGCAGCGCUUAAUAGGUGGAAUAAUGAAGAGGAAAGAUUGAAGGAAAUGUAUUGCCAUAGCAUUCUUACACUGAGUUUCUUGUCAACACUGCCUAUGUACUGACUGGGCACGAUUCAUCCUGUUUCAAACAACCAACAAAAGCUGUAACAAUGUCACAUUCAAUACCUCAGAAGCUGUUUUACUUUAAUCAUGAAAUAUGAUAAAUUGUGUGUUUUUUUAAUUAAAAAAAUAUAUUUUC